AUGGAGACUCCAGCAAGUACAUCAACUCCUUCAACUAUUAAAUUUUAUUCUCGUGCUGAAGUAGCUACACAUAAUGACAGCAAAAGUACAUGGUUUAUUAUCCUUAACAGCAUUUAUGACGUUACUAAAUUUUUAAAUGAACAUCCCGGAGGGGAAGAAGUUUUACUUGAGCAGGCAGGUAAAGACGGUACAGAACCAUUUGAAGACGUAGGACACUCAAGUGAUGCUAGACAAAUGAUGGAACCAUACAAAGUCGGCGAACUUGUUGAGUCGCUGCUGUAUGCUGAUGUGAUUGGAAAUUCCAGUGGUUCCUGGAGUUCAUGGCUGAUUCCUGUCGCUCUGGGUAUUUUGGCAACUGUAAUUUACCGCUACUUCAUUGCUGCUCGCUAG